UCCAAACGUACUGGUGUCGGGCUCUCCAGUUCCAUUUGCAUCCCCCAGAUAUCCCCCUUGACUUAACCGCAAUGGCUACAAGGGACUCGCUGCCUCUCAUUGUUGAUGUCUGGGCCAACCCAACUGGGAAUCCCAUUCCGGAGACCAGACGGCUUUUCGAGUACAGCCAUGCAGAUCCAACGCUUUCCCUUCGAAACCACACUCCGAAGGAGUUGAUCGCGUUGAUGGAUGAUGCCGGUGUCUCGCAGAUAUGUCUCGCAGCUUGGAAUCGACCCGGUUCCGUCAUCUUUUCCAACGAAGAAGUUGCUAAGUACUCUCGAGCCUAUCCAGACCGUAUCUUCGGUCUUGUGUCUGUCAACUUGCAUGACCCAGUCUCUGCAGUUAAAGAGUUGGAUCACUACGUUAGGGUGGAGGGCUUCAAGGGACUGAGGGUCGUGCCUUGGUUGUGGAAUCUUCCACCGACAGACGCUCAUUAUUGGCCUCUGUUUGUUAAGUGCGUCGAGCUUGACGUACCAUUUCUCACCCAAGUUGGCCAUACUGGGCCCCUCUGCCCGAGCGAAGUGGGCAGACCCAUCCCGUACAUCGACACUAUUGCGCUUAAGUUUCCCGACUUGAAGAUUGUCUGUGGUCACCUCGGCUAUCCAUGGGCUGCAGAGAUGGUGUCUGUCGCAUGGAAGCACCCGAACGUCUACAUCGAUACCAGUGCAUGGUCGCCCAAAUAUUACGCCCCCGAAUUCAUCGCGUUCGCCAACACAACAGGCCGGAAGAAGGUUAUGUUUGGCACUAACUUUCCGCAACUGAGCUGGAAGGCUUGCGUCGACAACGUUUAUAAAUACCAUGUAGAUGGUAGUAAGGGAGGGCUGCGAUCAGAGAUCCUUGCUGAUUUCAUGGGGGAAAAUGCUAAGAGGGUAUUGAAAUUACCAGACUGGAAUGGUGGAAAGGGACGGCCGAGGCUAUAAGGGCACGCUCGAACUUGACUCGGACAACGAGAGCUCAUAAAAUCAGGACGGUACUUCGUACUUUAGCGUGAAAUCUGGGAGCCCGUCUUCUUAGCCGACGAACUCUGAAUUCACGCUAGCUGCUGGGUUGCGACCCUGUAUUACGAAACCUCUGAUAGAUCGAUAUCCUAGCCUUAGUCAGGGGUGUAAGAUUACACCGUCAAG